UCGUACGAGCUUUCUUUUCUAGCCUCGCAAGUUUGCUGCCUAAACUAAGAAUGUUUGCCGUGCCUUCGUCCCGGGCCCCGCUAGCUAUAACCCCUCCGCUUGCUAAAAUUGCGUCAUCCCCGCGCCAAACUCCCCCAAUCCUCGCUAGCUCCUUGCUAUUUUUCCCCUACUCCCCGUCGCUAGGGAGUGUGCCCCGCGCUCUGAUCGAACACGAAUCUUUUAGGCGCUACUUCCACACCUAUCCACCUCCAUUCCAUCUCUGAAUUCCAGUAUCAACGUCACUGGUAUCUACCCAUCAUUCCCCAUCACCACCACGUACCAGACCCCUCUGAAUCCAGGCCUAUUUUCAUUAUUUGUUGGACAAUUCCAUUCUACCGCUAGCUAAGCUAGCGUCAAACUAUCCACAUCCUUGCCAGCACACAGAUCAUGGUAUCGAAGUCCGCAGGCUACUUUCUAGCCUACACGGCAUUAAGCAUUGCCCUUUUCGGGUGGUCUAUAGAAGACUCCCUCCGCAACUCGGUUAACUUCAAUAUCUUUCUCAUCGAGCUCACCGACGGGUUCAAGCUAGGAGUGCUUAUCAACUUCAUCGUGUUCCUCUUCAUCAGCAUCGACAAGGCACUCCAGUUGAUCCUCUUUGGAGAACUUCGGAUCAUCGAAACAGAGCAUUUGAUCGAGAAAAUGCCCUACUUUGCCUUCAACUUGUUCUUCAAUUUUGCGACCAACGACAGCAACCACUUGUUAACCAUCAUCUUGGUGGGCAUGUCCAUCAGCUUCAAAAUCUUCCAUGUGAUCUUGUUCGACCGCUUGGACUUCGUCAACAUGAAAAUCAUGAACAACUCCUCCGGCACCAAGUUUCAGUUGUUGCGCAAGUACUUGACGAACUUCAACUUCUGGCUUAACUUGAUUUUCAUCGUCUUGGACUUCGCUAUCGCCAAGUUCUUGGUGUACGAUGUCAUCCAAGGCAUCAACUCGGUCACCUGCCUUCUUUUUGGGUUCCAGUUUGCGGUCCAAGGAGUGGAAGCCUUGACCUACUACUCUAAGUUGUUGUUGAAUGUAUUUGAGCUAGUCUACUUCCGGGACUCGGAGGAAGAAGAAGACGACCCAGUCAAUUUGGAUGCCGACGAAGACGACGACGACAACGAGUUGAGAGUAUGGGAAAACAAACCCUACUUUAGCAAGGGCAUUGACAUUGCAUCUGAGUCGUUGAAAGCAAUCUCCUACCUUUGUUUUAUCUACCUCUUGACAGUUUAUUCCGAAUUGUCAUUACCCUUGGCCAUGCUCCAAGGAACUUAUUCCUCCUUGAGGCAAGCAUACACUGAGGUCAAGCAGUUGAUGGCCUUCAUCGAAUCCUCCAAAAGAUUGGACAGUCAAUUACCCACAGCCACCAAAGAGGACUUGGAUGCUUCCGAUAAUCUUUGCAUAAUUUGCCGGGAGGACAUGUACUCGCCAGAGCUGUACCAGGCCGCUUUUAAAAAGCCAUUGGCGUCCAGAAAAUGCCCCAAGAAAUUGAUUUGUGGCCACAUCUUGCAUAUGGGAUGCUUAAAGGAAUGGCUAGAAAGAUCUGACAGCUGUCCUAUGUGUAGAAGGAAAGUUUUCGAAGGCCCCAAUCCAGAAUCCGCUCCUCAAGACGAUACCCGUGCUGCUCCCACUGAAACACCAGCUACAAAUACACCCACCAAUACCCAGCCACCAUUCAAUCACCCAGUGGAAGAACUUGAAAGAAGAUUGGAGGAGUUCACCAACUUGAUCCACAGAAGAGAGAGAACACUCGACGACCAUCAACCCACGCCAACACAGCAACAGAAUACUUCUUCUCUCGAGUCAACAGAGAAUGCACCCGCUGAAGGAACCAGUGCAUCUUCCCAAACGCCAGCAUACCAAACGAUCAGGCUCCCCUCCAACGCCGUCCUCCCGCCAAAUUGGAUCAUAUUGCCUCUCGAAAAACAAAGCACCUCUGAGGUCCUGGCUGCUGGUAGUCAGGCCGGGUACAGAGUGAAUUUUUCCACCAAACACCAGGGUACAUUGCAAGUCAAGCCCAAGGAGCGCAACUCGGAGUUAACCUUGAUCAGGCCAUCAUAGGAAAGAUUAUAGAAAUGUCACAGUGACAGACUGAUGAAAAAAACUAGCUGAAAAUUGACAAUUACAGGAAUAAAUUAAUGGGUUGACUCUUGGUUUCGGGGUAGUGUAGAUCAAAGGUUCUCCAAUCGCUGCCAUUGGCUUAUCCAACUCGUGAUUGGGGUGUACGAAUAAUGAUCAACUGAUCUAGGAACGAUACGUGAAAUAUUGAUCUAUAGAAACUUUUAUGAGUCUACAAACUGCAGAGUAUGUUGUGUAGGAACACUUAUAAUGAACGAUAAUUAUGAAAUAAAAAUCGGGACCAAUUAAUAAUUGUCCG